UGGAGACGAAGAUGGCGGCGGUGACCGCGGGGCCCGUGCAGCCUGGCGCGAGUCGCCGGUGAGCGCCUAGCGUGUCCCGAGUGGCCGCCGAGCUCUGUCCGCCUCUUUCUAAACAGAUCUUUCCUCUCCACUGCGUCCCAGCCUACCCUGCAGACGCCAUGGAGGACGAGGAGAGGCAAAGGAAGCUGGCAGCUGGCAAGGCGAAGCUUGCUCGGUUUCGACAAAGAAAAGCCCAGUGCGAUGGGGACAUUCCAAAGAAGCAGAAGAAGAAAAGAACUCCGAGUUCUAAACAAGAUUCAAGCUUACAUACCGAUCAGCAGAGCGCUGAGAUCUGCUCGGAAAGCUCUCAGAGGGCCGACUCAGCUGGGAGUCCUGAUUCCUCCAGUGCAGAAAAAGCAAAGCACGGCCAGGUCUUCGCAGCUGAUCCUGAAAGUGAAAUUUCUACCACUGCCGAUGAGUGUAGCUCUGAGGAAGAAGAUUUUUCCAUUGACGAUUCUUAUUCUGAACAAGGAGCUCAGUCCAGUCAGACCUGUCUUCAGAUGGGGGAAAACGAGUUGGCUGAGAAGCAGCAUGAGGUCGAAGAGUUGACUCAGGAGUUGGAAGAAAUGAGGGCCAGCUUUGGGACGGAAGGGCUGAAGCAGUUACAAGAAUUCGAAGCCGCCAUUAAACAAAGAGAUGGCAUCAUCACUCAGCUCACUGCUAACUUGCAGCAAGCCAGAAAAGAAAAGGAUGACACAACGAUAGAAUUUUUAGAGUUGACAGAACAGAGUCAAAAGCUGCAGAUUCAGUUCCAGCACUUACAGGCUAAUGAAACCCUGCAAAACAGCACUCUUAGUCGAACUGCAACAGAUUUACUGCAGGCUAAACGACAGAUCUUUACUCUGCAGCAACAGCUGCAAGAUUAUCAGAAAAAGGAGGAGGACGUCCAAGCACAAAUUUCUUUUUUACAAGAGAAAAUUAGAAUGUUGGAAAUGGAAAAAGACAGAAAAGUGGAAAGCUUAAAUACAAAAGAAAUAGAGGAAAAGCAGGCAAUCAUUGAGGAGUUGAAUACAAGAGUAAUAGAAGAAGAGAGAAAAACUGCUGAGCUAGAGAAUAAAGUGACAACUGCUGAUGAAUUACUAGGACAGCUCCAAGGACAGGUUACAGAAAAGGAUCAGGAGAUCAAAAGCCUGAAACUAGAACUGGUCAACUCUCAGCAGAACGAGCGGAAGUGUUCAGAGGAAAUCAAAGAGCUAAUGAGGACAGUUGAAGAACUCCAGAAGAGAAAUCUCAAGGACAGCCAGCUGGGGACCGGCACCGUGCGAAGGGUGGAACAAGAAACACAACGGAAACUAAGCCUUCUCCAGGCAGAGCUGGAUGAGAUGUAUGGGAAGCAGAUAGUGCAAAUGAAACAAGAAUUAAUGAAACAGCACAUGUCUCAGAUAGAGGAGCUCAAAUCCCAGCACAAGAGGGACUUGGAGAACACCUUGAAGUCAGACGCAAGCACUACAGUCAGUAAAGAGCAGGUAAACUUGAUGAGUGCGGCCAUAAGCGAACUCAAUGUAAGACUGCAGGAUACUCAUGCUCAAAAGGAAAAACUCAAGGGAGAGCUCGGGGCAGCUCUGGGAGAAAAAUCAGCUCUACAGAGUCAGUUUGAAGACCUGUUAGAAGAGGUCAGGUUUUUACGAGAGCAAGUGCAGAAGGCUAGACAGACAAUAGCAGAACAGGAAAACAGACUGAGCGAUGCGCGCAAGUCCCUGAGCACAGUGGAAGACUUAAAAGCUGAGAUCGUUGCUGCCUCCGAGUCCAGAAAGGAGCUCGAGGUCAAGCACGAGGCUGAGAUUACAAAUUACAAAAUAAAACUCGAAAUGCUAGAAAAAGAAAAAAAUGCCGUGCUAGACAGAAUGGCGGAAUCCCAAGAAGCAGAGUUGGAGAGGCUGAGGACACAGCUCCUCUUCAGCCACGAGGAAGAACUGUCCAAACUGAAAGAAGACUUAGAGGUCGAACAUCGAAUAAACGUUGAGAAGCUUAAAGAUAAUUUGGGCAUCCACUACAAGCAGCAGAUAGACGGCUUGCAAAAUGAAAUGAAUAGGAAGAUGGAGACUAUGCAGUGCGAAACAGACAACCUGAUAACUCGGCAGAAUCAGCUAAUUCUGGAAAACUCAAAGCUAAGAGAUUUACAGGAACACCUCGUUAACUCAAAAUCAGAAGAGAUGAAUCUUCAGAUCAACGAGCUGCAAAAAGAGAUUGAAAUCCUCAGACGAGAAGAGAAGGAAAAAGGUAGCCUUGAACAGGAAGUCCAGGGGCUACAGCUUAAAACUGAACAACUGGAGAGACAACUGAAGGAGAAGGGAGAUGACCUUCAAGAAAAAUGUGCACAGCUGGACGCAGAGAACAGCGUUCUUAAAGAUGAGAAGAAAGCCCUUGAAGACAUGUUGAAAAUGUACACUCCUCUGGACCAAGAGGAUCCCAGCACACGCAAGUCGGAAGACCCGAGGUGGCAAAAGGAAGUAGGGAUGCUGAGGAAGGAGAACGAGGACCUUCAGCAGCAAUGCCUUCAUCUAAGCGAAGAGAUCGAGAAGCAGAAGAAUACCUUUGCGUUUGCUGAGAAGAACUUUGAAGUUAACUAUCAGGAGUUACAGAGGGAGUAUACUUGUCUUCUCAAGAUAAGAGACGACUUAGAAGACACACUAGCUAAGCAGGCCUUGCAGUAUGAAAGUAAGCUGAGCGCGCUGGAGGAAGAGCUCCAUUCGCAAAGAGGAAGUCCGACCACGCCACCGAAGGGGGAGAAUUCUGGGUUUGCUGCCAACAGAACUUUCCCAUUGGAGCCGCUGGAAGUCGGCGAAGUUGUAGAAAAAGAUACAACAGAGCUUAUGGAGAAGCUGGAAGUGACCAGGCGAGAGAAGUUGGAGCUCUCAGAGAAAGUCUCUGGUCUUUCUGAACAACUAAAGCAGACACAUGGUACGAUUGAUUCUCUAAGUGAAGAGGUCAGAGCCUUAAAGCAGGAGAAGGAACAGCUUUUAUUGAGAUGUGGAGAGCUAGAACUCCUCACUAAUGCUAAUGGGACAGAAAAUGCAUCCGUCUGCCCUGUGCAGAGGAGUCCUUACCAAGCUGGGCCUGUGAUGGGGACGGUCAGGGAUUCUCAGGGACCUAUUUCUAAAGUCAGCGAAGAUUUGGCUGAAGAAUCAAAACCAAUGACAGAAGAUAAAAUUCCCUUUAAAGAAAGUGGGAGAGAACCGUUGCUUUUGCCAACAAGAACAAAAAAACCAUCUCGAGUGACAGUUGAACCAUGUGAAAGUGAAAAACUCCAGCAAGAGCUUUAUGCCCUCAAAGCCGAGCAGUUCAGUCCAUGUAGAGAAAUCGAAUCCGAGCUGCUACUUCAGCUUUUCCUCAUGCUUACGCCUGUUCACUUCAAGGACGAUCUGAGGCUGCAGAUGGAAGCCCAGCGCCUGUGCCUUUUUGUGGUUUAUUCAACUCAUGCGGAUCAGGUUCGUGCAUAUAUGGAGAAGGAGAGAGAGGAAGCUCUUUGCAGCCUUAAAGAUGAGCUCGUUUCCGCUCAACAGAAAAAGAUCGACGAGCUUCAUAAGAUACACCAGUGCCAGCUCCAGCAUGUUAAAGUACAGGAGACAGGUAACGAGCCUUUACAGGUGCUCAUUGAACGGCUUCAAAAGGCAGUGUCUGAGAAAUGCUUUCACAUCUCAAAGACCCUAAACAAUGUUUUCGAUGAAUGUUAUACUCCUUUAAAAUGUGAAAUGAAUAUAGAAGAGAAAGAGAAUUCUGGUGUUUACACUUCUCAAAAUCAAAGCCCAGAAUUACGAGAGUAUAGAUACGAAGUCCAAGACUUUCAAGAAAACAUGCAAAUCCUUCUCGGUAAAGUAACGGAAGAGUGCAGCAAGCUCUUGGUACUGCAGACACGUUUAAACAAGAUUAAUGAACAACAAGUUGACGGUGUGACAUUCGAGUUUGCUGAAGAAAAUGUAGCAGAAGUGGAAGCAGGCCUCCUGUCAGGCCGUUCUCAGAGUGGCUUACAGGGUGCAGAUGUCAGUCAUGAGAGCAAGGUGUCUGAGUAUGAGAGGCAAGUCCAGGAGCUACAGAGCCUCGUGGCCGCCGGACAGCUGCAGCUGAAGGAAACCGAAGCAAACUACAGAGCAGAAAUCCAGUGUUUGCAGGAAAGACUUCAGGCUGUCAGUGAGGCCACAGUUCAGCCGAGCUUAUCCAUGGACUCAGUGGUGUUUAAAGGAUCUGGUGCCCAGAAACCAGUGUACUGUGGGAGCUGUCUAAGAGAGCAGGUGGACGGCACAGCAGAGUUUUCUGAUGGCUUUGAAGUGAGGCAAGAAACAAAUAUGGUUAAAUUGAUGGAAAAGCAGUAUCAAGAGCGCUUGGAAGAAGAAAUAGCUAAGGUCAUCGUAUCAAUGAGUAUAGCAUUUGCUCAACAAACUGAACUCUCUAGAUUAUCUGAGGAGAAAGAAAAUGUGAUACAAUCCGAACAAGCACAUGCUCUGUGUUCUCAAAAUGAACACCAUUUAAAUGACAUCACAUCACAAUGUCAAGUUGGUCUUCAGACUGUUGAGGCAACUGGCAAGAAUUUAAAAGAAGAAUUUAAACCACUUAGCAAAGAGUUAGGAGAAUAUAGAAAAGCAGUUCCUUUGUCUAAUCAUGAUGAUCUUGAUGAUGUACUAAAGUCAGAAGAACAUGGACUGACUAUUUCAGAAGAAAUAUUUUCCAAAGAUGAAACAUUUUUAGUGAGAAAUUCUAGUCCUGAUGAGGUGCUGGUGUCAAAUAUGGAUACUUCUAGACAGCUCAUCCUAAAUGAACAGCUGGAAGAUAUGCGGCAAGAGCUUGUACGACAGUAUGAAGAACAUCAGCAGGCAACAGAACUGUUGCGGCAGGCCCACAUGCAACAAAUGGAGAGACAACGAGAAGACCAGGAGCAGCUACAAGAGGAGAUCAAGAGGCUCAACCAGCAGUUAACCCAGAGAUCCUCCAUAGAUACUGAGCACGUGGUCUCAGAGAGAGAAAGGGUUCUGUUAGAGGAGCUGGAAGCACUAAAGCGGCUGUCUCUAGCUGGAAGAAAGGAGCUGUGUUGUGAGCUGCAGCACAGCAGUACGCAAACACAGGAUGGAAAUGACAAUCAAGAAGUUGAGGAGCAGACAUUAAAAGACAAGACACUGGAGAGAAAACCUGAAGACAUACCUCUCGAUAUAAAUCUGUCCAAUGAAAGGUACGCUCUCAAAAAAGCUAAUAAUAGACUUCUGAAGAUCCUGUUAGAUGUUGUCAAGACAACAUCAGCUGCUGAAGAAACAAUUGGCCGUCAUGUUCUUGGAAUUCUGGACCGAUCUAGUAAAAGUCAGCCAGCUACCAGCCUGCUUUGGAGAUCAGAAACAGAGGCAUCCGCCACAGUUUGUGUACAAGAGGAGUGUGCAAGAGCUAUGGAUGAGUCCGUACCCUCUUACCCUGGAAGUGCCAUAGCAACACAUGACAGCGUUUGGUCAAAAGUCACCGAGGAAGGGGCAGAGCUGUCACAGCGGCUCGUGAGGAGUGGCUUUGCUGGGCCUGUAAUAGAUCCUGAAAAUGAAGAACUUAUGCUGAACAUCAGCUCUCGACUACAAGCAGCUGUCGAAAAACUCCUAGAAGCCAUAAGUGAGACCAGCAGUCAGCUUGAACAUGCGAAAGUUACACAGACAGAGUUGAUGCGUGAGUCAUUUAGACAAAAACAAGAGGCAACAGAAUCGCUUCAUUGCCUGGAAGAACUGCGGGAGCGCCUUCAGGAGGAGUCCAGGGCCAGAGAGCAGCUGGCUGUCGAGCUAAAUAAAGCUGAGAGUGUCAUUGAUGGGUACUCGGAUGAAAAAACUCUCUUUGAAAGGCAAAUUCAAGAAAAAACCGAUAUAAUAGAGCAUCUUGAACAGGAGUUAUUAUGUACAAACAACAGACUCCAAGAGCUGGAGUCAGACCAGCGCCGGAUGGAAGAGGAACGAGAGCUGCUGUCCAGGCAGAGGGAGGCGAUGAGGGCAGAUGCUGGCCCGGUGGAGCAGCGGCCGAUAGCUGCUGCAGCUGGUGCAGCACCUGGAGCAGAAUUUCUACAGGAGACUGAAAAACUAAUGAAGGAAAAGCUGGAAGUGCAGUGUCAAGCUGAGAAAGUCCGCGGCGACCUACAGAAGCAAGUGAAAGCUCUAGAAAUAGAUGUUGAAGAACAGGUCAGCAGGUUUAUAGAACUGGAGCAAGAGAAAAACGCCGAGCUCAUAGAUCUAAGGCAGCAAAGCCAAGCACUGGAAAAGCAACUAGAAAAAAUGAGGAAAUUCUUAGACGAGCAGGCAAUCGACAGAGAGCAUGAGAGAGAUGUUUUUCAGCAGGAAAUACAGAAGCUAGAGCAUCAACUUAAGGCUGUACCUAGACUCCUGCCUGUGAGUGAGCACCAAACCAGAGAGGUUGAGCAGCUAACUAAUCACCUGAAAGAGAAAACAGACAAAUGCAGUGAGCUGCUGCUGUCUAAGGAGCAACUGCAGCGAGACGUGCAGGAGAGGAAUGAAGAGAUUGAGAAGCUGGAGUGCCGAGUGCGAGAGCUGGAGCAAGCCCUGCUGGCUACUGCAGACCCCUUCCCAAAGGUAGAGGAACAGAAAAGGCCUGGAGCUGUAGAAGUGGACCCAGAAUUAUCGCUAGAAGUUCAACUGCAGGCUGAGAGGGAUGCUACAGAUAGAAAACAGAAAGAGAUCACCAACUUAGAAGAACAAUUAGAGCAGUUUCGGGAAGAACUGGAAAAUAAGAAUGAAGAGGUUCAGGAGCUUCUCAUGCAGCUAGAAAUUCAGAAAAAGGAGUCCACUACCCGCCUGCAAGAGCUCCAGCAAGAAAACAGAUUAUUUAAGGAGGAAAUAGAAAAACUCGGGUUCACCAUGAAGGAAUCUGAUUCUCUGUCGACUCAGGAUCAGCCCAUGCUGUUUGGCAAAUUUGCGCAGCUAAUACAAGAAAAGGAGAUUGAAAUUGACCGAUUAAAUGAGCAGUUUAUAAAACUCCAGCAGCAGCUUAAACUCACAACAGAUAACAAGGUCAUUGAAGAACAAAAGGACCAGAUACGAGAUUUAGAAACCCAGAUUGAAUGUUUGAUGAGUGAACAAGAACUUAUGAAGAAACAGAGAGCAGAGGAAGCAGAGCAACUCAAUGGCGUGAUUGAGAAAUUGCAGCAGGAGUUAGUCAGCACUGAGCAGAAGAGAGAGGGUGCCAGGGCCCUCCCAGAAGACGAGGAGAGCUUUAAACACCAGUUGGACAGGGUGACUGUUGAAAAGCUGGGUUUAGAAAAGCAAGUAGAGACCACCAACCAGGAACUGACAGACUUGAAAAAUGUACUUAAAGAAAUCAACUUCAAAAUGGAUCACAUGACACAAGCACUGUGCAACUUGAAUAAAGAACUUCCCAAUGUCCCUAAGGAAAGUGUCCACGUGACUGUGCAUGAGCUUGGCUGUGACAAACUGCAGCCAGAAGGUGCCUCUGCCCAGGAUGCUUCCCAGCCCCUAGAAAGUCAGACCUCCCUUAUGUGUCUUCAAGAAAGCACUAAAGCUUCUCAAAUACUAGAAAUAAAGUCACUACCACUGCAGGGGUCUGGUAGCACCAAGGACUUCGAGCUUGCCCAGUGUCAUAAACAAAUAGACACCAUACAAGAGCAAGACCAGUCUGAAAUAGGAAUGCUUCAGAAGAAGAUCACAAACCUGCAGAAGAUCCUGGAGAAGUUCUCGGCUGCAUUGGUCAGUUGGGUCCAAAUGGAGGCAGCUCAGGACCGUGUGCAGCUCUACCAAGAAAAGCAAACGCAGACGGUCUCGUCAGCACCUGAAAGGACAGAUACACAGAAUGUAAAUUGUCUGGCAGAAAACAACUUGGAGUCACAUGUCCCCACACUGGCUGUGAGACCAGCAGAGUUGGAGAGCCGUGUAGCUGAAGUGCUUAGUGAUAUAAUGUCAGAAAAACACAUGGAAACUGUGGGGAAGAAUGCCUCAGAGACAGAAAAGGAAGUUGUGGCGCUACAGAAGCUAUUAGAAGAGGCCAAGAAAAGGCUGAAAGAAGAAAGAGAACAAAGCCCUAGGGAUAGAGAGAGAACUGCUCAGCUAACUCAUGCUGGUGGAGGCAGUGGAUUUUCAGGUGGCCUUGAAACUUUUGAAGCUGAGUCAGCCACUUCAGAACUCGCCAGUUACAAAGAAAGGGCAGAAAAACUUGAAGAAGAUCUUUUGGUAAAAGAGAGCUACAUAACAUCACUUCAGAAAGACCUAGGCCAAGUUAAAGAUCAACUCACAGAGGCCAAGGAGAAAUUAUCCCACUACUUAGAAAAAGAGAAUGGGACUGGGGAACAGGAAAGCAGAAGGGUCCCCAUACCAGAGUCACCUUCUGUUGAGGGAGGUGGCGGCUCUGGGACCAUGGAGAGGACGGGCAAGGUCAGCAGCAGCAAUCAGACCCCGCAGAUCCUUGUUAGACAUGCUGGGGUUCAGAUCGACUUACAGAGCGAGCGCUCCCAAGAAGAACUCAGAGACACCAUCAACCAGUUUACUGAAAAGAUGGAGCGCAUACAAGAGCUCCAUGCUGCUGAGAUUUUGGAUAUGGAAUCCAGACACAUCUUAGAAACCGAGUCUUUGAAGAAAGAACAUUCUGUUGCGAUCCAGUUACUGACUAAGGAGUGUGAGACCCUGAAGGAUAUGACCCAGUACCUGAGAUGCAAAAAGGGAUCCUCCAUUUCUGAUUUGGCAGAUUCUGUUGCUUAUCAAAGUAGAGAAGUAUACUCCAGUGAUUCAGAAUCUGACUGGGGUCAAAGCCAGGGAUUUGAUACAGCAACAGAAGGGCGAGAAGAAGGCGAAACUUCAGAUUUAUUUCCAAAGAAAAUAAAGGGGUUAGUGAAAGCUGUCCACAGUGAGGGCAUGCAGGUGCUUUCUCUCUCGAAUCCCCUCUGUGAUGAUGGAGAGGACCGUUCCGUUCAGCAGCUUUCAGAAUCUUGGCUGAAAGAGAGACAGACUUACCUCAAUACCAUCUCGUCCCUUAAAGAUUUAAUUUCUAAAAUGCAAGUGCAAAGAGAAACUGAGGUCUAUGACAGCUGUCAGUCUCAUGACAGCUUCUCAGACUGGCGAGGUGAACUUCUGCUUGCCUGUCAGCGCGUUUUCAUAAAGGAACGUAGUGUUUUACUAGCUACAUUCCAAACUGAGCUGACGUCUCUCAGCACUAGAGAUGCAGACGGAGUAUUAAACUCUCUAGAACAAAGAAUACAAGAGCAGGGCAUUGAAUAUCAAACAGCAAUGGACUGUCUUCAAAAAGCAGAUAGGAGGAGCUUACUGACUGAAAUAGAAGAUCUGCGUGCUCAAAUUAAUGGCAGGAAAAUGACUCUGGAAAGAGAACAAGAGAUUGAGAAACCCAGCCAAGAGCUCCUGGACUGUAAUCUGCAGCAGAAGCAGUCCCACGUGCUGGAAAUGCAAUUGGAACUCGGCAGCCUGAGAGACAGAGCAGCCGAGCUGCAGGAACAGCUGAGUUCGGAAAAGAUGGUGGUUGCGGAACUAAAAAGCGAACUUGCACAGGCAAAGCUGGAAUUAGGAACAACACUCAAGGCCCAGCAUAAGCGCUUAAAGGAGUUGGAAGCAUUCAGGUCAGAAAUUAAGGAGAAGACCGAUGAAAUUCAUUUCCUUAGUGAUACAUUAGCAAGGGAACAGAAGAAGUCACUAGAGCUGCAGUGGGCUUUGGAAAAAGAAAAGGCCAAGUCAGGACACCACGAGGAAUGGGAAAAAGAAGAACUUGAGGAUCUGAAAUUUUCACUCGAAGAUCAAAAACGGAAAAAUACACAGUUAAACCUCCUUUUGGAACAACAGAAGCAGCUACUAAAUGAAUCUCAACAGAAAAUGGAGUCACAGAAAAUGUUGCACGAUGCCCAGUUAUCAGAAGAGCAAGGCCGCAACUUAGGGCUUCAGGCUCUACUGGAGUCAGAGCAAGUCAGGGUCCAGGAGAUGAAGAGCACCCUGGACAAGGAGCGGGAGCUGUAUGCCCAGCUGCAGAGCCGUGAUGAUGGCGGGCAGCCCCUGCCAGUCCUGCCUUCUGAGGACCUACUUAAAGAGCUACAGAAACAACUGGAGGAAAAACACACCCGCAUAGUAGAACUCUUAAGUGAAACAGAAAAAUACAAACUAGACUCCUUGCAAACAAGGCAACAGAUGGAAAAGGACAGAGAGGUUCACCAGAAGACACUGCAGACAGAACAGGAGGCAAACACCCAGGGCCAAAAGAAAAUGCAGGAGCUGCAGUCCAAAGUGGAGGAGCUGCAGCGCCAGCUGCAGGAGAAAAGGCAGCAGGUAUAUAAGCUAGACCUAGAGGGGAAGCGACUGCAGGGGAUCAUGCAGGAAUUCCAAAAGCAGGAGCUGGAACCCGAGGAAAAACGGGGAAGCAGAGGACUUGUGUAUCAGAAUCUUAAUGAGCCCGCCAGCUGGACCUUCACUGACGACCGGACUAGAAAUUGGGUUCUUCAACAGAAGAUGGGAGAGACCAAGGACACGAACUUCACAAAGUUGAUUGAAAUAAAUGGAGAACUUGACCAUAAUCAUGACUUGGAAGUGAUCAGACAGACACUUCAGCAUGUGGCUUCAAAGCUGCAGCAUGUGGCACAGAAAGCCUGCAACAGGCUACAGUUUGAAACAGCAAGUGAUGAUGCAUUCAUCUGGAUUCAGGAGAAUAUCGAUGGAAUUAUUUUGCAACUACAGAAACUGACUGGCCAGCCAGGUGACGAGCACAGCUUAGCACCCCCCAGUUCUUCUUGCGGCUCCUUAACGGAAAGCCUAAUGAGACAAAAUACUGAGCUAACAAGACUUAUCAACCAACUGACGGAAGAAAAGAACACCUUAAGGAGCAUAGUGGUGAAGCUGGAGGAGCUCAACAGGUGUCACUGGCACACGGGAGCCGGCAGAGACUGUUGUUCUAGGUUUUCAUUUAUUGAUCCCGCUGACAUCGAAGCCAUAAUCGCUUCAGAAAAGGAAGUCUGGAACAGAGAAAAGCUAUCUCUUCAGAAAGCGUUGAAAAGGGCAGAGGCGAAAGUGUAUAAACUGAAAGCUGAACUGCGCAAUGAUGCUUUGCUGCGGAGUCUGAGCCCUGACUCUGAGCAUGCCGCCCUGCAGAAAAUUUAUAACAAAUACCUGAGAGCUUCAAGUUUCCGCAAGGCUCUCAUAUAUCAGAAAAAAUACCUCCUGCUGCUCCUGGGGGGCUUCCAGGAGUGUGAGGACGCCACCCUGGGGGUUCUGGCCCGAAUGGGGGGACACCCAGCCUUGAAAGAUCCCAAGACAAUCACCAGCCACCCGAAGGGGUUCACCCGGUUCCGCUCUGCCGUCAGAGUGUCUAUUGCCAUCUCAAGAAUGAAAUUUUUGGUGCGGCGGUGGCAGCAAGUGACAAGUACUAGCUCCAUCAAUAUUAACAGGGAUGGCUUUGGCCUGAGUCCAGGCAUUGAAAAGACUGACCCAUUCUAUCAUUCGUCUGGUGGGCUGGAGCUGUAUGGAGAACCAAGACACACAACAUACCGCUCAAGAUUUGAUCUGGACUACCCUAGGUCUCCCUUGCCAUUGCAGAAUAGGUACCCGGGUGCUCCAGACUUAAAUUCUACUUCAAUGGCUUCUUCUCAACUUCACCAGUACAAUCCUGAUAAAUCUCUGACAGACUAUGUCACUCGGCUAGAGGCACUGAAAAGGCGACUUGGAGCUAUACAGUCAGGGUCGACUACUCAAUUUCAUUUUGGCAUGAGGAGAUAAUCCUUUGAAAUACUUAUUGAAUAUUAAAUGGAUUCCCUUUUGUAAAUCAAUGGCUCUUUUGUGCUUUUGUAUUGUGAAUAUUCAACGGGACCAAUACAUACACAGCUUAUGAUUGUAUACAAAUCCUCAGCAGCACAUGAAGACAAACUGGAGUUUGUGUAUAUAAGCAUUGUGUGUGUUCAUGCACAGUAAUCAUUAAAUUACAUGUAUAUUGUGGAAUGCUAAUUUAAAUGAUUAAAUUAUAAACUUUGUGUAUUUAUCGGAAGGGUGAAAAGAUUAAACUUUUUCAAAUGGCAAUGCUGCCGGAUGCAUAGCGUGCGGUGUCCUGCGCUUUUCUUACAAAGCUACUGAAGUUACAAGUUUCUGCUUCAUAGAUUUGCUACUGGUGAUGAAGACAACAUGUCACUUGUAGAGACCUAUUUUUGUAUAAUGGUCUAAGUUUUGAACUUUAUGGGUAUUUUGUCAAGUACUGAAAUAAAAAUGACCUCACCAUUUUCACUGUA